AUGGCCCUGCCGCCUGGUUGGAUCGAGCAGUACGAUCCCCAGUCAGGUCGUAAUUUCUACGUGAGCAAUUUCCAAUCAUCCUCCUCGACCUCCGAUGUGAACCGUCUCCAGGUAGACACACGGGUAUCGCCUCCCAGAGUGACAUGGUACCAUCCUUUCGAGGACCCCGAAUAUCUCAGACAGAAUCCAGAAGCGAGGAACCAGGCGAGGGACAGUACUUUUGCGCAGCCUCCAGGACCCAUGCUUGGGAGGAGAAGGUCAUUCGGUGGAACAUCUAGUACACCAGCCGUCGAACCGUCGAUGAACAAUGCGAGGGCACCUCACAAACAGGGAUUCUUGGAGAAGCUGAAGGACAAAGCACUUACGUCGUUGGAAGCUCGAGAAGAACGCCGAAACCAAAGUCCAAUGGUAUGUGUCCCUGUGUCUGGAGGUGAAAUAUCGAAUAUGACGGAAGGACAGAUGUAUGGUCCUCAGCAACGUUAUUAUGGACCACCGACAGGAGGUUACGCUGCUCCACAGGCGCAGUACACUCCUGCGAGUGGGUAUGGGCCUGCUCCGAUUCAAUAUCAACAAGCACCUCCGGCCAGUUCUUCCGGACGUCGUCGAGGAUUCGGUGGUGCCCUCCCGCUGCUCGGUGGGCUUGCUGGUGGAAUGCUGUUGGAAGAUGCAAUCGAUCAUCACGAGCGAGAUGAAUUUCUCCAAGACGAAGCUCUAUACAACAGUGGAUUCGACGGCGGUGGAUUGUUUGGUGGUGGUGGUUUGGGAUUAUUCUGA